CUGGAAUGCAUGAUGUAUACUGUUACAUACAAAAAAGCACAUAUCAACAAUAACUUUAGAGAAUAAGUCGUAUAUUAAGACAUAUUUUACUGAAUGUUAUUCCAGGAAAAAAUUAUGCCACAAUACUUCUAUUUCUCUUUUAAGAUACCAAUAUCAUUCAUUCAUUAUCUAUCUACACUAUUUAUUUUAGUGACUACAGUCAAAAGUAGCCUCCCACUAACUACAAAAUACGGACUCUGGCUCUCACGAAAGCGUGAAAAAUAUAGCAGUGAAAUAGUAUCUCAGAGAGGAUCAAGAACCACACACAGAAAUUCCACUUUAAAAAAAUAAUUAGGCUUGCGGCAGGAGGAUCCAUGAACUGUUUCCCGAUCCUAACAGCCGCCCAGUCACAAAAGCCAUUCAGCCUAUCCUUCUGCGGAGCAGCCACUUCCCGCUCAAAAUUCCACCGAUCUCUGAUUCUGCGUCCACUCGAGGUUCUUACCGGAUUAAAAUAAAAAAAGUUUUUGUGCAACCAAUCAGCUUCCAGGAGCUGAGCAGCCUCCACCAAUGGGGAGUAGCAGGCUGCAGUAGGGGUUCGCUGUCAGGAGCCGUUGCCCUAACGGUCGACAGUUGAAGCCAUCUUCAAACGGGGGUUGAACGUCGAACCCACGAGGGGAGGCAGUGAACCUCGUCAUCUUCGCGAGGCACCAUGCGUGAAUGUAUCUCUAUCCAUGUUGGACAAGCUGGAGUUCAGAUUGGUAAUGCUUGUUGGGAAUUGUAUUGUCUUGAACAUGGAAUCCAGCCAGAUGGUCAGAUGCCCAGUGACAAAACCAUAGGAGGUGGAGAUGAUUCCUUUAACACUUUUUUUAGUGAAACGGGUGCUGGCAAACAUGUACCUAGAGCUGUUUUUGUGGACCUUGAGCCAACUGUUGUUGAUGAGGUGCGUACAGGUACUUAUCGACAGUUAUUUCAUCCUGAGCAACUCAUUACUGGAAAAGAAGAUGCUGCUAACAAUUAUGCUAGAGGUCAUUAUACCAUAGGAAAAGAGAUUGUUGAUCUAGUGCUGGAUCGCAUUCGAAAAUUGGCUGAUCUGUGCACUGGUCUACAGGGCUUCCUUAUUUUCCAUAGUUUUGGUGGAGGCACUGGCUCUGGAUUUGCAUCUUUGCUUAUGGAAAGACUCUCAGUUGACUAUGGGAAAAAAUCCAAACUGGAGUUUGCAAUAUACCCAGCUCCACAAGUAUCUACUGCUGUAGUGGAGCCUUACAAUUCUAUCCUUACUACACAUACCACAUUGGAGCAUUCUGACUGUGCAUUCAUGGUGGAUAAUGAAGCUAUUUAUGAUAUAUGUCGACGCAAUCUUGACAUUGAACGUCCUACUUACACCAAUCUCAAUCGUCUCAUUGGUCAAAUUGUAUCCUCCAUCACAGCUUCACUACGUUUUGAUGGUGCUCUGAAUGUAGAUUUGACAGAAUUUCAAACAAAUCUUGUUCCUUACCCACGAAUCCAUUUCCCUUUGGCAACAUAUGCUCCUGUCAUCUCAGCUGAAAAGGCAUACCAUGAGCAGUUGUCAGUGGCUGAAAUUACUAAUGCUUGUUUUGAGCCAGCUAAUCAGAUGGUAAAAUGUGAUCCUCGCCAUGGUAAAUAUAUGGCAUGUUGUAUGCUGUACAGAGGUGAUGUUGUGCCGAAAGAUGUCAAUGCAGCUAUUGCAACAAUCAAGACGAAACGUACAAUUCAGUUUGUGGAUUGGUGUCCAACUGGGUUCAAGGUGGGCAUCAACUACCAGCCACCCACUGUAGUACCAGGAGGAGAUUUGGCCAAGGUACAACGUGCUGUAUGUAUGCUGAGUAACACAACUGCAAUUGCAGAAGCUUGGGCUCGACUUGAUCAUAAAUUUGAUCUGAUGUAUGCUAAGAGAGCCUUUGUGCAUUGGUAUGUUGGGGAAGGAAUGGAAGAAGGAGAAUUUUCUGAAGCCCGAGAGGAUUUGGCUGCCCUUGAAAAAGAUUAUGAAGAAGUUGGUGUUGAUUCUGUGGAAGCUGAAGCUGAAGAAGGAGAAGAAUAUUAACCUAUGUCAGAUGAUAAACAUUUAAAUAUUUUGUACUUCAAGUUCAGUUGUUCUGUUUCAAAUAAACAUUUAAAUGUUCUAGCAAGUUUGAUUUAAUAGCUAUUAUUUAAAAUAGCUUUAAAAAUACUCCUUGAAACAGUUUCUAUAAAACUUUGAGCAAAGCAUAAAAUAAAGUUUUAUGUAAAACUUUAUGCCUCUCAGAAACAUAUCCAUCCAUUCUUUAUUUCUCCCUUUCAUUCUUAUAGGUACUUUUGAAAACCUAUAAAAUGGGUAUUCAGAAAUAGUCAUUAAAGUGUUACUGGACCUUAGCAUGUAUGUUCAUAAUGAAAAUGAUAUUGGGGAUGUCAUUGAUUGUGUAUGUGGAAUUUAAUGUUAAUUAAAGUGAAUAAGCAAAAGUAAU